UUUUAAAAAAUCUAAGUUAAAAUAGUAAAUCAAAACAAUUUAAAUACUUCUACUUAGUAUAUUUGCUUCACGUUAUGUAAAAUAUGAAAUCUUAUUGGAUGGAAUACUCAAAUAUUUUACAAAAAAAACUGAGCAUGAAAGAAAAGUAAAUAAUAUUUUCUAUACAUUAUCAAUUCUUACUAAAUUAGAACAUAUUAGAUUACACAUACUAGUAGAGCCAUUAAUUAAAUAACUCUAUUCAAACAGUUUUUGAUUUUGAAGCUAGGGUUAUCAGAGCUUUUGAAAAACUGGACUAUGCAAUAAGAAUUAAAGUAAAUCUCCUAUCGUUGAUGAAGUAAAAAUUAAUAAAAGCUAAAGAUUUAGCAAAGAAUCUAUCUUGUUUAAGAACAGAAUAAAAUUUUCUCUGCAAUCAGCUAAAUUCAUUAUAAAAAAUAAAUAGCUAUAACUAUGAUUUAAUAACUAUUUAAGUUUGUUAUAUCGAUAAUUUGGCAUUUGAUAGCAAUGAAAUAGUAGUCAAUUUUAAUAGUUUCACCAGAGAUCAUUAAUUUUCGAGUAAACGAAAACAAAGCAAAAAUAUUUUCCCAUCAAAUAAUUAAAAUCCAAAAAUAUUGAAAUAGAAACUUAAUGAAAAUGAUAAAAAAUAAGCUAUGGAUGAAAUUGAAUUAUCUAGUUAAAAUAUAUUUGAUGAGAAUACUUUUUGCUUAUUUGCAACAAUAGAUGAAAAUUAUCGUUUGGUAAUUUAAAAUGCUUCUAAGAACUUUUAUGAAAUUUUAUAAACAAGUCAAAAAGAAAUUUAUGGAAAAAAUGUGGAAUAAUUUAUGCCUCAAAAUACAUUAUUGCCAUAAAAUCAUAAAUAUUAUAUCUUUAAUUACUUUUAAGAUAAUAAUCUACUUAAUAAUAAUUUAAUGAAUAAAAUAAUAUUUGUGUAGACAUCUAAUGGGUUUAUAAUUCCAACAUAAUUAACUUUGAGGUUGAAUUACAGUUUUGAAAUACAAAAAAUAGGUUUCAGCUCCCUGUUUAAAAUAUUAAAGAAUAAAUCAGAAUAUAUAAUGUACAAUACUACUGAUAACCAUUUUAUAGGAAUAACUUAAGAUUUAUAGUAAUCGAUUUUUCAGAAUAUCAAGCUUGAUAAAAAUUAUAAUUUAACAAACAUUUUUCCAUUUUUAGAAUACAUCAAAAGAUAAAAAGAAAAUAACAAUUUUUAAAAUAAAUUUGAUCAUGCAAAGAAUAAAACAAUUGAGAAUUAUUAAGCAAAUGAUAUAUAAUAAGAUUAAGAUAAUAAAAAGGAAGGUAUUGAAGACCAAUAUGAAUUCGAGUUUGAAUUUAUGAUGAUGCUUGAGUCUAGAAAGGCAGAUUCUAUAAGCUUAAGUUCUACGAUGGCUAAGAAUAUAUAAAAAUAUAUUGGCGAAAGACAAUAUAUAUAUUACUUGAUGGAUAUAAAAAUUUAAUCUACAUAGUAUAAAUAUUUUCCUAAUAUAAACUAUUUAUAGAUCACUAAUAUAAGAAGUUUAAACCAAUAUUAAAAUGGUUUUCAAAUUCUAUAGCAUCUUAAAGAAAAUCAUGAAAUAUAUUAACUAGCUUAUUCAAAUCAAUACUUUGAUUAAAUUAUUUCCUAGUUUUAAUCAAAGUAUUUAAAAUAUUUACAUAACAGUGGGCCUUAAUAUGCAUCAUCUAUAACUGGUGAAUAGCAGGUUGUUAAAAAUAAAUCCAACACCUUUUUUCAGUAAUUUAAAUAAAGAAGUAACCUAACUGAAAAAAUAAGUAAUUCUAAUCAAACAUUCAUGUUAAAUUCUUAAAAAAAACUUGAAUAAAUAGAAGAAGAAAACAUAACUUACAAAAAAACUUUAAAAUAAAAUUAAUUUAGCCAUAAUAAAAUUGAAAAUAAUAACAAUUACUAAGAUUUUAUUUAAAGCAAAAUUUCACUUAAUGAACUAAGCUAAAACUAAAUUAAUAAUUUAAAUUAAAAUGAAGAAAUUAGUCAUGAUAUAAUUUAAAAUUAAGAAAUUUUUUAUGAAAAAUAAGAAAUAAUAUAAGCACUUACCUCAAAUGUUGAGCAAAUGUAAAAUUUGGAAUAGCACAAAGAAACCAAUCUAGAAUCUAUAAGAUUUAAAAAAUAAGCAGUCGAUUUGUUGUUAUCUCCAUCAGUAUAAACAGGUGUAGGAUUACUAAGUGAUAACUACAGGCACAAAGAAUUUGAGUUUGUUUUUAGUGAAGAAGAAAAUAAAAAUCAUCAAGAGUUUAAACAAGUAGAAAAAUAAUUUGAUAAAAAAUAAAGUAAAAAUACAUUUACAGAAUUAAUUCCUCAAAAUGAAGUCAAUAACUCAUAUAGUUAAAAAAGCUUUGUCAACCUAAAAAAUUUUAGUAGUAAUUUGAGAAAGUAAUCUUAAAAUUUCGAUUAAACAACAUCAAUAACUUCCUUGCCACUGCAAUAAAAAUUUUACUAAGACAAAUCUACAACUGAUCAAAAUAUCAUGAACGAUUUUUAAAAAACUCAAGAAAGUCAAGAAAAAUUUUUUUAGUCAUAAAAAAUGGUUAAAACGAAAAAACAAUUGAAAAAAUAAUUGUUGAUGAAAGAAAGUAUUGAAAAUGCUUCUACAAAAUCAAGAGAAUCAUCAACUUCUACUAAACGUAUGAUCAUUCAUAUGAUUAAAACUAAAUAAACAAUACUAGGUAUGCAAAUAAUAAAUCUUAUUGGAUUCUUAACUUUUGCAGUGUUAGUAUCUGUAACUGUUUAGCAAUAUGUAACAAUAAUUAAUGCUUUUAAUAUAACAUAAGAUAAUAUUUAGUAGGCUGAUUGGCCUUAUAAUGUUUUAAACACUAUAAGCUAAUUAUAAAUAAACAGUAACACAAAUAGUUUAGUUGCAUAAAAUUAAUUCUAAUUUGAUUCUCCCUAAAAAUAAAGCACAUUCAGUUCUUUAAUUAUAAAUAGAUUAUUCAAUAUAAAAGAUUCUUUCUUACAAAUAUUAUUAUAAAUGGAAUCAUCUAAUACUGGCUCAAGUUUAUUUGAAAUAAUGUCUAAUCAACCAAUUACUUUCUAAAAUCCUCUUUAUUACAACCAAACAAAUAAAGUAGGCUAGUCUUCAACAAGGUAGGGUUAUUUUACGGAGAGCAUCAAUGUUUCUCUACUUUAUUCUUCUAUUAUAUUUAAUUAAUUCAUAUAUAGAUAAGCUAUUUCUCCUGGAGCUAAAUUCAAUGAAUAUAUGACUAUUAUUAAUCUACCAAAUUUCGUAGAUGGUAUUUAAAAAUUGGAAAAUUAGUUCAAUUAAAUUUAAGAAAAUCUUAAUACUUCUGUUGAAGAUAAAUUAUAUAAUCUUCUAAUCAUUAUAUUAGUAGUUUCAGCAUCUUGUUUAGUAAUUAUUAUACCUGUGUAUGCUUUUAUCUAAUCUAAAAAAGAUAUAAUACUUAACUUAUUUUGUACAUUCCCUGCAAGCUAAAUAAAAAAUAUGCUUUUUAAUAUAAAACAAACAUAUUACUCAAACAAAAUUACUCAAAAUUUCAUUAAAAUAGUUCCUGUAGAGAUUUAAAAUUUUAAUGUCUUAAAUAAUUAUGAUUAAUCUCAAGUUAAAAAGUAAUCGAUGAGUCAAUUGGCUAAAUCAUAGAGAUUUAAUUUAUGUUUACUAUUUGGCCUUUUUAUUACAUAUUUGAUCAUUUCACUUUACCCUAUAGCAAACACCAUUAUUUCUUAACAAUAUGUAAAUUAAUAAAGAAACGAUCUCUAUCUUUUCACAAGCAUUGGAUAAUUAAGAGACUUCGUUUACAAUAGUGCUGGAAUGACUGCGUUUACAUUGGUUAUGAGAUUAUACCCUUCUUUGAAGGCUAUUAAAGUUUAAGACUAUUUAUACACAAUAGAUAAUGUCAAGUAAAAAGAACCUUCUAUUGGUGAGUUGAUGUAAAAUAUAACAAAUUAAUAGGGCUUGAUAAAAAGGUAUAAUGGUGAAGAUUAUGAUAAUUAUUUCUUUUAAAUAUUUUAAAGUGAUGUUUGUUCAAUAAUUUUAAAUUACCAAGAAUAUAUCUUAAAUGCAACAAGUUUUGAUUUAACCACUUGUAAUUAAAUUUAAAAUGGUUUCUUAAAAUAAGGACUUAAGCUAUCAAUUCAAAAGUAUUUAAGUUAUAUUGAUGAUUUGACUGAAAUAAUUUAUACUAAUGAUACUAAUUUACUUUAAUCAAUGCAAAAUAAUCUUUUUAAUACAUUUAAUAUCACCGAUUACACUUAUUUUGUAGAUUAUAUAGGAUAAACAUUAACUAUGCAAUAGUAAUUUAUAUAAAUUAAUAGCAAUUAUUACUAUACAUAUAUAAUCUAAGUUUAAUUAGCUCUUCUGAUUUUCUAGGUCGUUUUGAUGGUAAUUAUAUUUGGUUUAGGUUGGAACUGCUUGAUAGGCAUACUGAAUGAAGAAAUCAACACCACAAGAUAAUAUAUUUAAGUUAUAAAUAUAAAUGAUUUAGUAGACAAUAAUUAUAUUCUCAAUUUUAUUAAAAAUAACAAAAAAAUAUGAAAUUUAAAAUAAUUUAUGUAAUAAUCUAUGUAAAUUAAUUUUGAUAUAUUGCUAUCUCAGGAAUUAAAGGAU